CAUGAUAAGAUACUUGGAAUGUUUCAAUUAAGAAGUGAUAUUCUGCGUAAGAAAAAACAAGUAGAAAUUGAAAAAGCAGAAAAUCUUAUAAAUGAAGUAAUAUAUUCAAAACCUUUACAAGCCUGA